AAAGUUCUAGACCGUAGUCCACAGGUAGAGAACAAGAACCAGCGCAUUGAGGGUUAAACCUGGGCGUGUAAGUAAUGAAAAGGUGUGCUUAAUUGGGGCGGCGCCUUACAGCUCAGCAAAACAGUGUUUUAUGGGAAAAGUUAGGAGAUCGUGGAGCGUCUGAUAACGGUGGAUUAAAAAAAAAAAGAAAAACUGAAGAUAUCAAAACUAACCUACUGAAGUUCACUCUGAUAUGGCUUGGUUUUGACUUUUUUGACACUUCACCUUGGCUCCAGGCUUUUUAAUGUUGAACUUGGGGUAGAAGGCAUCAGAAGGUUUCUCCCACCAUCCUAUGACUUGUUUUUUUGAGGGUAACCGAUAUUAAAAUAAAACUAAAGUAAUACAAAUCUUCUAGACUGGCCUGAAGGCCGUAACCUUUGUUUUUAACAGGUCGCAACCAAUAUUGAUUUUUCUUCAGUUACAAUCAGAUGGAUGGAGAGGUUAUCAUGGUCAUCACAGAGUACUCCAAGCUGCCCAAUUCAGGACCACCCCCUCCAGCAACUGCCCCUCAUCUGCCUUCAGGUAUAGGCCCACCUCCCCCUGCCCCUCCCCUGCCUUCAGGUAUAGGCCCACCUCCCCCUGCCCCUCCCCUGCCUUCAGGUAUAGGCCCACCUCCCCCUGCCCCUCCCCUUCCUUCAGGUAUAGGCCCACCUCCCCCUGCCCCUCCCCUGCCUUCAGGUAUAGGCCCACCUCCCCCUGCCCCUCCCCUGCCUUCAGGUAUAGGCCCACCUCCCCCUGCCCCUCCCCUGCCUUCAGGUAUAGGACCCCCUCCACCACCUCCUCCAUUAAACGGUAUGGGGCCCCCUCGUCUGGGGACUGGGUUAUUCCAAGGAAGUUCUCAUCGCCGUUCCAAACUGCGCAACUUUAACUGGGACACCAUUCCACACCAACGUGUGGUAGGGAAACUGAAUAUCUGGACAGAGGAGAAGAAAAUGGAUGACUAUGAGUUGGACACUCAGAGAAUGGAGGAACUCUUCAGUCAAAGCGAAGUGGGAUUACAGAAAGGCAGAAGCAGCAUAAGGAAGAGCUUCAGGGGUAACCCUGUGUCUGGCACUGGAACCGAUGAGUCUAUACUUAAUGCUAAGAAAAGCAUGAAUGUCGGUAUCUUCCUGAAACAGUUUAAAAGGCCUAUUCAGGAGAUGGUGGAAGACAUUAAACUAGGUUCCAUGAAUAAAUUUGGAGUAGGAAAACUACAAGAGCUUUGCAAACUCUUGCCAGAGGAUGGAGAAGUGAAGAAGCUGCGAGCAUUCCGUGGAAGUCUUACUCGGCUCACUGAAGCAGAUUUGUUCAUGGUUAUGCUUGUCCAGGUGCCCAGCUACAAGGAACGCUUGCAGUGUAUGGUCCUAAAAGAGGAAUUCAUUCCACACGUAGAAAACCUCAACUACGCCAUCUGCACCAUGACGUUUGCAGCUAGAGAGUUGCUAAAUUGUGUUGACUUGCAUACAGUCAUUCGUCUAGUGCUGAAGUUGGGGAAUUACAUGAACGCUGGUGGCUAUGCGGGCAGUGCUGUGGGGUUCCGGAUGACAUCGCUUCUCAAACUGGUGGACACAAAAGCGAACAAACCAGGGAUGAACCUGAUGCACUACGUUGUGAUGGAAGCAGAGAAGAAAGACGUCUCUCUUCUGAAUUUCUCCAAUCAGUUGCAACACAUUGGUCCUGCUUCCAGGUUCCUUAAACAAGAAGUGGAGGCAGAUUUCCAGAAGGAAGUGAAAAGGGUUGCAGAUAUGCAGUUGAUUGUUGAGAGACACGAGGAGCUGCAAGAACAGAUGGCAUCCUUCAUCCAGGAAGCAGAGAAGCAGCUGACUGAAGUUAACUCUUCACUGCAGGCUCUCAACUCAGUGAGCCACUCUCUAGCAGAGUAUUUCUGUGAGGAUCCUGAACAAUUCAAGCUGGAGGAGUGCUGCUCCAUUUUCCACUUGUUCUGUGAAAAAUUCAUCCGAGCCACCCAGGAAAAUAGGGAUCGUGGUGUAGUGGAGGUAAAAAGAAUGCAACAAGAGAGACAAAAUAGUGCCUCAAAGCGUAAAUCUACUGCCACCUGCUCCCACAGGGACAAGGACAUGGAGAAUGUGGCGCUUGAGUCUAUCCUGCAGAAAUUCAUGCACACCAGAAGCAUUCGUCGGAAAUCUGGGAGAGGGACUUCCUCUCCCCUUAAUGGCAGCCAGCCAGAGUUAGCAGAAAGCCAGCUUGCAGCAAAAGAACUCCCUAGCCGAGAAAGAGAGGUUGAGAAAAACUCCCAAACAGGCGAGAAUAAUCAAUACCGUUCAGAAAAGGAGAGGGCGCUGUCUGGUAUAGGGGAGGAACUGGGGAAUAGCGCUGCUUUUGACACGCCUGUGAAAGGAAGCAACUCUCGAAGUAGAGCCCACUCAACCAUCCGUACUGAAGGCGACUCGGAUGACAGAGUCCCUACUAAUGGGGAGGGAGAUGAUAAUGCAGAACAUCUGCGGGAAAUUUCCCGAAAAGUUUUAAAAUAUCAAAACAGCCGAAGCAGCUUGAAGUCAAAUGAUGGUAUGCCUGCUGCCACUUCCCCACUUUUAAGGGAGAUUCAGGGGGAAAGACAGAGGGCUCUAAGUGAGCAACCAUUGGACGGUGAAGAGAAUUGCAUUAAAAGGACUGUAGUCAGCCCUCCUGUCUGUAGGUUUACACCCCGCACCACCCCUCAGGAGCUGACACGGCGGCACACCUUGAACGUUAUUCCCAUUCGCUCAUUGGGUCACUUUGACUUUGAAGAGGAGACACUAGCAGUGAUGGCUGAAACUGGUGGCAGAACUCCUCUAAAACAAAUUGGGAAACUGCAUUCUGUAGAUAGCUGGAAAUUAUUAAUGAAACUAGACAAGGCAAUCCCCAAGGAGCAGAGUGCUACGCAGACGGAAAAAGAGAUUCCACCGUCCAGUCACCAAACAGAUGAAAGGCAGCCGGCAUCUCCAGCAACAAAGAAAACUGGGAUAUUCAAGACCCAGAAGGUGCAAGGGAAUCAGGACAAAGAGAGCACAACAUUAUCAUCUUCUCCAAGCUUCCGGCUCAGCAAUUUCUUACAGAAAAAAUUCAGUCCGAAGAACCCAGAGCGCUUGAAGCACUCUGAAGUAACACAAGAUCGCCAGGAGAGCUCGCCCAUCCUCAACUUUUUCAAACGCCUCAAUGAAAGGACAAGCAAGGCCAGCAACAAGGAGCCAGAAUAUGAGAGUACAGAUUUGUGAUUGCCUUAGUAAAAGACUCUCUUCCUUCUUGAUACACUGAUUUUGUAUAUUGUAUAAACAUCAGUAUUCAGUUAUGAUUUAGCAUUUAGUCUAACCAAGGACCUUUGGACCCCACCUAGGAUUGCCAUCUUGGAUCCCUCUCCAACCCCUUACUGAUUUAAUUUUAUACACUGUACAAAUAAAUAAAAAUACAGGAUUUAAAUGUUCUGAAUUUUGGUAUUCACCAAAGUUUUCAAAGUUAGAUGCAUCUACUUUGAUUAUCCUAUAUAUUUUUUUUUUUAGCUGUUGUAGGGAAGCUUUGAACCAAGGGUAAUAUGCAGGCUUCCUCAUUUAACUUUACUAAUAAUUAAACACACAGCAACAACAAAACCAUGUUGCUAUAGCGACAUUCAGUUCUGGUGACUGUCAUACUUAUAGUCCCAGCAACAGGCCCCAAGUUGGUUGCUAGACUGGAGUCCUAUUUUAAUAAUUUUAAACCAUGAUCCAGAAGCUUUUUAACUUGUUGACUUCCCCUUUUGAUAUCAACUCUACAUGUAAUAACCAGAGUUUAUUAGUACCAAUAAAGACUUAUAGUGUUUAUGGGUA